AUGGACUUCGAUCCUAUCGCAGAAAGAAAACAAGAACAAAAAGCCACAGCCUGGCUCCAUCUCUGGUCCAGCCGGCAGCCAGAGCUCCUAUCAAUGCACCUUGCCCACAAGCACCGACCAGCCAGCGGCAAACCCAUCUCCGCAUGCCUCUGGAAAAGCGGAGCAUUCAACAUCUGCUAUCGAGUAAGAUACAACAACAGCAACGAAGAACCAGAUAUCAUCAUCCGCUUCGCCGCUCUAGGAAGAGCCAUCCUUCGCCGAGAAAAAGUCCAAGAUGAAGUUGCCACAAUGAACUACCUCCGCAAGACCACCUCGAUCCCCAUCCCCGAAGUAUACGCCUCGGGGAUCUGCUGGGCAGGACGACCAGUCCUAAACCCCCAAAUAAGCAAUCACAGCUUGAAGCACGCAUACCGCGAAAUGGCCAUCCUAGUCCUCGAGCUUUCCAGAGUAGAAUUCGACUCCAUCGGCGCACUCGAAGAGACACAGCAUGAUUGCUUCAACAUCACCAAACGACCUCUCACCUUCAACAUGAACGAACUAAUGGCCUCUGCAAACCUACCACUAGAAGUCUUCCCACCUCCCUCUGAUAUCUUCACUUCAUCCACAGAUUACCUCUACUCCCUAGCUACACAGCAUCUCCUCCACCUUCGUCUACAACUACAAAAACCCCCCAUCACCAACGAAGAAGACUUCCAGCGAAAACUGCUCGCUCGCUACCUAUUCCUAAACCUAACCAAGAACCUCCACCUCACUAACCCCCAUGGCCCCUUCCGUCUCUACUACGACGACUUCCGUCCCUCAAACGUACUCAUAGAUCUCAAUACCUCUCGCGUCUCAGCCGUGAUUGACUGGGAAUUCACCUACGCUGCCCCAGCAGAGUUCACAUACGUAGCGCCCUGGUGGCUUUUACUCCAGAGUCCGGAGGACUGGGAGGGGGAUCUGCAUCAAUUCCUCGAUCGGUAUAUUCCCCGGUUCAAUGUGUUUUUGGAAGUAUUGCGUGAGUGUGAAGACGAGUCGAUUGGGCAGGGGCUUCUUUCUGAGUCCCGACGGUUGUCACCGAGGAUGGGCGAGUCCUUGGACAAUGGGCUAUUUUGGGUGUGUCUUGCCGCGAGGUAUAGUUCUAUGUUUGAUGAGAUUUAUUGGGAGUUUGUUGAUCGGCGGUUUUAUGGAGAUUUGGGGUCUUUGCAGGAUCGUGUACGGCUGUUGAGUGAGGAGCAGCGGCGGGAGAUGGAUGAGCUGGUGAGAGGUAAGUUGGGUCGGUGUGAUAGGGGUGAAGAUGAGUUUGAAGAUCAUUAUCCGAUUGAUGUGUUACUUGAACUAUGA